ACAAAGGAGCUUAGGUUUUUCAGCUAGCUCGUGGGGUGUUGUUCCGUGACUGUGUUUGAGUUCCUUGAGGAGGGCGAUAAAGAAAGGCAAAUACGAGCACCGAAGUUCCAAGCAGAGAGCAAUCAUGACUGACUACGUGCAAGAACAAGAGAUGGAAAUUGAAGCAUUGCAAGCUAUACUCAUGGAUGAGUUUAAAGAAAUUGACUCCAGUGAGAGUGGGCUAAAUACAUCUAACCGGUGCUUCCAAAUUACACUAUCUCCCCAGCAGGAUGAUGAUGCUGAUGAGGCGAGAACCACUCCAGUUCAACUGGCUUUGAUUUUCUCUCACACUGAAAAGUAUCCAGAUGAGCCCCCAGUUCUCAUUGUGAAAAGUAUACGAGGGAUACCGGCAGCUGAUCUUAAAGUUUUAAAAGAAAAGCUUGAGCAGGAGGCAUCUGAGAAUCUUGGUAUGGCUAUGAUUUACACACUUGUUACAUCAGCUAAAGAGUGGUUGGGUGAAAGGUUUGGUCAAGAUGCUGGGGUUUCAGAAACUGAAGAAGAAGAUACAGCUAAAGAUGACAUAAUUGUACCACAUGGAGAACCAGUUACUGUUGAUACAUUUCUUGCAUGGAGAGAACGUUUCGAAGCAGAGCUAGCCCUAGAACGAGCCAAGCUGAUGCCAGAGUCUGCACUCACAGCACCCAAAGAGAAGAAGCUGACUGGUCGGCAGUGGUUUGAAAGUGGCAGAGCUGCGAAAGGUGCCAUGCCAGUCACUGAAGGCUCUGAUGAGGAAGAUGAGGAAGACAUCGACUUUGACGAUGAUGAUUUUGAAGAUGAUGAAGAAGACAUGCUUGAACACUAUCUGGCAGAGAAAUCAGACACAUCCUCACAUUCAUCAAGAAGAGGCCAAUGAAAAGUAGUAUUUCAAUAUGUUGUUUCCCCCUCUUCUCAUUCCUUCCCUUUCACUCUUUCUGAGGGAAAAGAUGUCAAGUUAAUUAUCCUGUGAGACAUUGAGGACCAUCCUAGUGUGUUUUGUUCGAUCUUUCAGUGUGAACGUUGCUAUGCUGCUCUGUUCUCGUUUAUACAUGAGUGAAAAUUCAAACCGAUUUUACGUUUGGGGAAUUGAGAUUCGUGGCCUGCUUCUGUUGCUUGCAA